UCAGAACAAUCGCUUUGUGGCGGCCACAAAACUUUUAGCACGAAAGAGCAUCCUCUUUGAACCCCCUUUUACGUGUACGGAGAACCCUAAAAUAUUCGAAAUCUUGAAAUUAUGAAAGUGUAAAUUACGACGGAUAAGAUAAAGUUUUUAAGUAAGAUUUUGAUUAAAAGGUUUGGCAGGAAACUGGGCUGGAAUGCCGCCGUUCUAGGGUCGCCAUUUUGAAUCUGCUGCAGCUACGGUCCGAUGGUGUGACCCACGAUUUUUUCUCGUUUUUUUUCGCUCUUUUCGCGAUUUUUUUUGACCAAAGGGACCCGAAGUCCCUUUGAGAUGUCCAAGAUGACCCAGCAACCAAGCAGUGGCAAUUGGGUGAUCCAGGGAGCCAACGGUCAGCCCCAAAUGGUAAAAAUAGUACAAAGUAAACCCAUUGGUGGACUAGUAACAACCACUGUUGGCAAUGCUGUGAAAAUGUUUAAGUCUAGUACAGCUAGUGGAGACACAUCGCAGAUUUAUACAACCACCUCACAACCUCAAAUGAUAAGAACCAUCUCAGGAAACCCUAGCAUAGUAACUAAAGUACCUGGUCAGAUAAGCAUACCAAAAGGCGCCAAAACCAUACGGUUAACGCCAGCUCAAAUGCAAGAAAUUAAAAUGGCAGGGAACAGCCAUCAGAAAUUGGUGACUGUUCAUCACAGUCCAACUUCACAAGCUAUUCCGGUUAUUCAACAUUCGCCAACGCCGCAGUAUCAACAGCAGCUGUAUACGAAGAACGUUGUGUCGCCACCGAUUUUGUCGAGGAAAAGAACAGAGUCGACAGAUAAUGUGGAGUUUGCUCCUGAAAACAAACGUCUGAGAAAAUCUGAAAAACUCAAUCGAGGCCUGAGACACUUUUCGAUGAAAGUUUGCGAGAAGGUUAAAGAAAAAGUGACGACGACUUACAACGAGGUGGCCGACGACCUCGUCCGCGAAUUCACGUUGCAACAGAACCAAAUAAAUAGCUCACUCGCGGAGCAAUAUGACCAGAAGAAUAUCAGAAGGAGGGUUUACGAUGCCCUUAAUGUUCUCAUGGCGAUGAAUAUUAUUUCUAAAGAAAAGAAGGAAAUUAGAUGGAUAGGUCUACCUACCAAUUCACUCCAGGAGUGUACGCAAUUGGAAAAGGAGGUCCAAAAGAAGACAAAUAGUAUUAGGGAAAAAGAGAAACAGUUUUACGAGCUUAUCAUGAGUCAGAUCGCUUUCAAGAGCUUGGCUCAGAAAAACAGAGAAGCGGAGAAACUUCACGGAGCUCCUGGGCCAAAUUCUAUUAUCCAGUUGCCUUUUAUUAUUGUGAACGCCGAUAAAAAGACUGUUAUCAAUUGUAGCAUCUCAAAUGACAAGAAAGAAUACGUAUUUCAGUUUAGCGACAAAUUCGAAAUUAGUGAUGAUUUGGACAUACUGAAACAGAUAGGAACUUUGCACGGAUUGGAUAAUGGAAAGUGUUCUAGAGAAGAUUUGGAACGGAUUAAGACUUUGAUACCCGAAUCUUUGUGGCCCUAUGUUGAAAAACUUGCCUCCGGGUCAAACAUCCCCCUGAGCGAAGUACUCGAUUCUUCGGAGGCGGGCACCUCGUCGGUAUCCCACGUGGCCGAUUUCGCGGAGGUGCAUCUGGACGAGGACAAUUCGCGUCAGUCAAGUAGCAACGACUACUCGGAAGACGAUGCCGAAUCAGAUUUGGACAGUGACGAUCUCAACUGAAUUUAUAAUAUUGUAAAAAAAUAAUAUGUAUCGGAGUUCAGAAAUAGGAUCGGCCGAGAGAGCGUGAUAAGAGACUGCUGAUGAUUUUUCCACGUAGAGCACUGAGAGAAUGGGUUACAGAGGAGUCUUGCUGCAUGAACGGUUGUAAAAGCGUCAAUUAAAAACCCAUUUUCUUGGUCCACCCUGUAUAUUGACAGCUGAUUUAAAAAUUCGACGUCGUUUUUCUUCGCUUAGGUUUGUAAAUAAUUGUGAAUAUUUUUUAUAGGUUACAAACUAUCACAUUGUUUAUGAUUAUCUAUUUGAGGAUUGUACUAUUAUUUUUAUUGCAUAUUUAUGUUGUAUAUACAGUCAUGGUCCUAUAAAUUAGGCGCUUAUAAAAUUCGUUAUUAAAAAAAUUAAAAUCUCAUUUGCCUAAUUUUCCAACUAAUAUAUUAUUUAACUUAUUUAGAAAAUAGUGGCCACCUAUACAGGGUGAUUCAAAAUUGAGUGCAAAGAUUUCAAGGGCGUAUUUACCACAAAGAUUUCCAUUAAUAAUGCCCAACCACACGUUUACCGAAAAUUCAUUUUGAAAUGAUCUAGGCCGAAUUUCUCUGGGGUUUUGAUAGGACAAAAUAUGGGAAUUUGUUUACCUACGUUUCAUAAGAAAAAGACUCAUCGCUCCAAUACGCCAAUACAUGCGCCAUUGGUGAAAGUAAAAUAAUAAUUUUCGCGUAAUAAGAUCUAUCUUUCUUAUCUAACCAAACGUGCCAAAUUCUAUUUAAACGUCUAAAGUAGUUUUUAAAAUACAGUCAAAUUUAAAUUUGUUAAUUAAUACUUUCACAAGCUGUAUCUUUGUAACGAAGCAUUUUUAAAAUAUAUGUUACAUUACAAACUGAUAUUAUUUUGAGCUUUCUAUAUGCGAUUUAAGUUUCGACUUCGAAGCUGGUCCAACCUGUAUAGUCCUCUUUAAAAAAAUAUUAAACUUAACCUAAAUACGCUGGAAUAUUAAUUGUCAAGCGCUAUAGGUGGAUAACCUGUUACGAUAUGACUCUGUUUUUCCCUUUUUUAUCGGAAGUCGAUUAUGUUAAUUUUAAUUGAAUGCCCUAUAUAUUAUUGUAUUUUGUGAUUUUACACACAAAUCUAAAUACGUUUUAUUUAUAUAUUUGUAUAUCUAUAGUCUUAUAUCCAAUCAUUUUUAAAUUUCGCUUUUAAUUAAAAGUGUACUUAUUUUUGGAAAAAAGACACCUAGAAUUUAAAUGCAAUUUUAGAACAAUGAGAUUUAAAACCAUUUUGUCUUACUUUUAUGAUCUUCUCUUGUGUUUUAAGUUAAAUAAUAUUCUUUUUGAGAACAGUGAAUGACUUAUUGUACUGACUGAGAAGUUCUCACUCAUUCAAAAUCGGUCAAAAUGCACUUUCAAUCUAUAACUACUUUUUUGAAUGAUAUUGUUAUUUUGAAAAUUUUUCUCCGAUUUUCUUUUGCCAAUAUUGAUAAUCGAUCGAUUCGAACAAAACUACCGAGAAUGGAAACGUCAUUAGACAUAGAUUAAGCGACAUUUUUUUCCAAUCAAAAAAAUUAUUUUGUUUUAUUUAUUAUAAGUUAAAAAUCGGUCAUCUUCUACGCCAUUAAAAAAUUUUCUAAAUAAUGGUUUAAGGGGUUAUAUACACUUAUGUUUGAAGAUAUUUGUUUAAUUGUUUGGCUUUAUCAUAUCACUCUUUUUAUUCAAUCUCAUUUCUUUAAUGAUAAGUUCGUGAUGUUCCUCAUCCAUUUGUAGGUAAGAAGAGGUUGAUUUGGUGUUUGAAUGACCCAUUAUUUUAUGAGCUGUUCCUCUUCAAUUCCUUGCUUCGCUAGUUUUGAAACUUGUUACCCGCAGAUAAUGGUUAUUUUUAUUUUUUUUUUUUGUAUCAAUGCUUGUUUCUUUUGCCUGCUUGGCGCUCCAUUGGUCAAUGGUGCUAACUGGAACAUUUUUAUAUCACUUUCCAUAUUAAUUCCAAGAGGGAUUUUCAGUUAAAAAUAAUCUUUCGCGAGGAAUAUUACUUCGUUUUAGUAGAUACUAGGAUUAUUCUUGUUUAACACUUUGACCCCUGCAUCCGGUUUCAUAAAAAUUAUGUACCCGAGCUAAUUUUUUUUUUUUUGAAAAUGACUUGUCAAGACAAUAAGGUUACAAUAACAGUAUUUUUUUUAAAGUAGUGAUUUUAGAAUGCGUGUAUAUUUUUGAUACAGACAGUUCACAGAAGCUGACAUUUACUUAUUACGGUUAUAUUAACCUGCAUGUAUAAAAACCAAUAUACAAUUUUUUUAUAAUAAGUUUGUUCAAAAAGUAGAAGAACUUACAUUGGACUUAAAUUUGCAUUUUUUUGGAUACAUUAUGUGUUUUGAAAAGGCAAUUUAAACAUAAAAAUUUUUUGUCUGCACAUCCUGAACAUCUAGUGUUAUAUUGUUUCGAAUUUUUGCAUGCAUGCGCUCUUCCUCUCUUUGCUUGUUCUUCCAAUCGAUGAGUUAAUGCUGGCAGGAGAGGAACAUCUUCAUUGUCCUUGCACAAACUCUCAACAAGGCUCUCCCUAAAAGUCGUAAUAUCCAUGUUUUUGUCUAAAGCUUUAUUACACAGUUUUAGUUCAUUUCUAUCCCCACUUUCCGAUACCAUUUCAAAGAACGCCUCACGGGAUUACUAUAGGAAGAUAUUUGAUCCGAAACAUCAAUGUAGGACUUAACAGCGUUACAUUCGAUUAUGGUAGAUGGCUUAUUUUUUAUACCAGUUCUUGUCUGGAUUUCAGUCAUUAUUGGAGGCGAUUUAGUUGUCAAAAAAGCAACAUCUCGUUUGUCUACCCAUUUGCCAACAACAAAUUUCGUGUUGCUCGCUUGACACAGCAUUUCUCCGCGAUUUAAUUUCUGCUCAAAGACACGUUUAGGGUUGUAUUUUCUAUUUUUUCGCGGUGUUCCAAUUAAAUGAGUCUCAUUGUCGUACAGUAGGUGAUCUAAACUAACACUGGUGUAAUAGUUGUCGGUGACUAAGGUUCUACCGCUGUUCAAAAUAGGUUGCAUUAACUCCGUUACUACUUGAGUUGCUACUGGUUGAUCCGUGGGUCGGACUCCCUUGCCAGCAUAAACUUGUAAGUUGUACGUGUAACCACCUUGAGCACACAGCUUAAAAAUGUUUAUGCCAUACUUAUGGCUUUUUCCAGGUAUAUAUUGCAAAAAUGAUAGCCUUCCUCGAAAAGGAACCAUGGAUUCAUCUAUACAAACGAAGUUUCCUGGCACCAAAGCUGCCUGGAAAUUUUUGAUGGAUAUUCCUAAAAGUGUUUCCAGUUUGAAUAAUCUGUUUCCCUCUGGACAUAACUCAUUAUCCGAAAAAUGUAAACAAGACAGCAAAGCUUCAAAUCGAGAUCGUGAUAUCUGUGUAACUUUAUAUAUAUCAGUUUUAUAAAUAAACUAGUGCUCCAAAAAUCUUUUAGACGAGGUUUUGGGCUAAGUCCCAUCCAUAUAAGGAUUCCAAUAAAUUUUAACAUUUUGUGAUUUGUGUUACUCCAGUUGGCGAGAAUUGAGUUUUUUGAGAUUGACUCAUUGAAAAUACCAGCAAUAAUCUUUUGAUGGGCGUACCGAUUUGUUUCGGUUACGAGAAGGUCAAGCAAUUCAUCAGAAACUAAUAGCCUAUAAAAAGAUAGCGGGCUGUCGUCAUGACGCGUUUCGACAAUCGGACCUAACGUACUAUCCUCUUGUGGAUUUGGAAAUUUAUUUAGAUUCUCUUCAUCAACAUCAUUCCAAAUUAUGUUUGGUUGUACUCUUGCCGCUUGAACUUGGGGACCAACUAAAUUUAUAUCUUGAUCUUCGUCAUCACUACUGGAUCCCUAAAAAUAGACAUAAUUUUUAUUAUUGAGGGUAUAAUAUAAAAAUACAAAUAUUACCUGUUGUGGCUGGUCUUGGUUUUUCGGUUGCUGUUGAUAUUUAAAUUUUUUAUAUUUUUGAUUAUUAUUUUCGGCAGAUUCCUCGCUAUCAUAUUCCCAACUCUCAGCGUACCAUGGAUCUGCAUCUGAAUCAUCAAAUGGCUCGUCAAUAUCGAUUAAACUUUCAGCUAAAUUGGCAAGUUCUAACUCCGAAAGAGCACGUUUUUUUCUACAAGGCAUAUUUGCGCGCGAAAAUCGUCACUAUAGCAAGACGUACAAACACUCGAUCACCGAACUGUAAACAAACACUGAUCCUAAAAAUAAUAUUUGCCGGUAUUUAGGUUAAACGAGAUUUUUGCCAUGUUGCCGGACUGGCAUAACAAUUUUUAACAACCUAGGAAAAAAAACUAGUUACCAGAACCUAAAGGUAUUAAAAAGCCCAUACAAAUACGUGGUAACUGUGUUCGGAUGAAAUACACAGCACGUUGUAUACGCCAAAUAUCCGUGUAUCAAAAAAUAUACACACAGGCUAAUUUACAAAUCUUUUUACGUAUUACUUUUGAUACACAUAGGGGUUAACGUGUUAAAAUUAGCCAUUUUCAGCUUGGUAAAGGUUUAUCUCCUCCCUGCGCUAUCUUCGAAAACCUGGAUGAUAUUCUAUCCGAUUUGUGUAUACUCCAAGGCUGUCGGAUUCUUUCUUAAAGUAACUUACUUUCAAGCAAGCCCUUUCACCACCUCUCUGAGCCAAUUCAUAGGAAAGCACAAAAAUAGUUUAUUUUUCCAAACCAUUCAUCGUAACUGUUAAUAAUUGAAACUUCGAAAUCAUCAUAUUUUAGAAAAGCUGAACUUGUUUUUCUUUUUUCGGGUAUUUGUUGGGUAAGAUGUUUGCGUUUCGCGUUUUUCGGUUCACGAGCAACUUUGAACUCGAUGUCUUUAAAUGGAUCAAAGCUAAUUGAUAAUAAAGCUAAAUACUUUAAUGAUACUCAUUAAAGUAUUUUUUUGUAGUAAUUUCGCUGUUAUAUUGCAUGUUUUUAUUGUAAAAUCUCUGUACUCUUGACCAUUUUGUUUUUUCAUAUUAAAUGCCCAAUCUUGAAGAAGUCUGUAAGUUCUCUAACCUGUGUCAUUAGUUAAAAUAUAAUUGCCGCCAAACAUACUGCUUUAUUUGCAUACUGCUCUUUUUGCCACUUUCUCGUCUAUUGAUUUUAUGGAUUCUGCUCCAAAGCGCGACAUAUUUCUUUCUUAAAAAAAUCUUUGAAAUAAGAUUCUCAAACUGACAUAAUAUUCAAGAGCGUUGUUAAGCGUUACGGGAUGUAUAGCAAAUAAGGUAUAUUUUUUAAACGUCAAGAAUUUUUAUUGCUUUUGUCAAUCACAAUGAAAAUUCAUUUUUUCUUUACAAUCAUCAAAUUCGGCCGAGUGCUAUCCUCCCACAUUUGGCACAAUUUGCAAAACGCACUUUUCACUACGAGGUCUUGAUGUAUAAGAUCUUGCCUGUAUAACAGGGAAUAAGAAAAAGCAACGCCAAACCUGGCAUUGUUAAGUGUUUUUUUUUAUUUGAGCCUUGAAGAUGUUCAAUUUCUUGACGAACAGCACGUUCUGCGAAUUUAUUAAACACCUUCACAGUGAUACAAAUGUGUUUCACGAUAAAUCCAUAAGCCCGCAAAAUUUAGCACAACUUGCUGCACCUAAAUCCAGCAAUCUUAUUGUCAAAUUUAACGUCACCAUCACAAUUUUUUUGUAAAAGAGUUAUAACUACCACUAGAAAAAUCACGAUGCGAUAUUCGACUGGCACGUUCACUUUACUACCAUGUUUAAUUUUUUCCAAUAAGACACACUGAAACUACUGUUAUUGGUGUAUACAGAUUUUGGAUUAACCCAUUAGCGCCGGAAUUAUUUUUUUAUGCUUUUUUAAGAUUACUAAAAAUACGUUCAGGAAGCUGUAAAAAUUUAGUUUUUUAAUUUUAGCUACUUACAUUUUGAGGUAUUAGCCGUUACCAUAUGGCAACGCUAGGACUUUACACUAUCUAAAAUUGAAACAAUCUUUUUAAUUAGAAAAUAUUAAAAUUUUAUUAUAGAACGUUAUACUAAGUAAUAUAAAAUAAGUAAUCUGGUUUAAGUUGACGGGAAUGAUAAGGUACAAAGCAAGAAAUACAUAGAGCUACAUCACAUUUUGAACACAUGGUUCCUACUGUGGAGUUGCAUGUUUUGAGUGCACAUUGUCUUCGUUUGUUUUGUGUUGUUUGUUGAACUAAAUGGUCAAAACGAUCAAACCGGAUAUUAUCCGAAACUCGCGAAUCUGAAGAUUCCAAUGCAGAAGCUCGUUGCCCAGAUCCUUUCGGCAAAACUUGAAAUUUUUUCAAGUAUACGGUCGCCACCUUUCUUUUACACUCUAACUGUGAAACCUUUUGUUUUCGAGAUCGAUUGUAUAGUAUCCAGGAGUUUUGAAGAGCAACAUCGAAAAUCCAGGUUAGCAAAGGCCAAUACCAUUUCUUACCUCGAAUACCGAUGCGAUAGCAGCCAAGGUUCUGGUCCAUCUGAUCAGUUCCUCCCAUGUGGGCAUUAUAUUUCGCAAUAACUUUUGGUCGUGUAACCAUUAUAUUUUUCUUUUGUUGUUUUGAGUACUUUUUAACUUGUUCAAUUUUUUAAGCUCCAUGCGAAGUAGACAUCACUGAAUUAUCCAUCCAUCUUACAUACAAAUGGCCAUCGGAUUUCUCCAUGGCUGUUUCGAAAUAUCCACGGUCUUUUUUGACAAACAUUUUUUUAUUCGCGAGGAAGCAUUGUUUGGGCAUUCGGUUUUCACGAAUUGUUCCAGUUGCAGAAUAACCACGAAAUUGCUAAUAUGAGUAAAGCGCUGGUUUGAAAACAAAUUAUCCAUGUAAAGUUCAUAUCGCAAAUCCUUUUUUUCUGGCGGCAAUUUAUCUAACAUUACUACCAAAGGGCUUGCAGCUUUGCCAAACAAUAAAUCGUAGUCCGCAUUAGAUUUGGGACUUUUACCUUGAUAAACAUCAAAAUUUACCAAAUAGCCGUCUGUAGUAUUUAGGCUCCAAAUUUUAUACCCAAAUCUAAUGGGUUUUCCACGAAUAAAUUGCUUGCAGCUAUGUCGCCCAAAAUAUCGAACCAUACUCUCAUCAUAAGCCAAAUUUUGUUCCGGAACGACAUUUUUCAAACAGUUUUAACAUUUCUAUGACAGGCCGAAUCUUGUAGAACUUAUCAUUUUUGUCUAGUUUUGUAUUAUCAGAGCAAUGAAGAAACCGAGUGAUCUGUUAAAAUCUAUCACGGCGCAUUGCUUGAGACACAGCUAAAUUUUUAAGAUCUUCGCCACUGCUCCAAUAUUGCCUUUUAGAUGGCAAAUUAUUAUAGCCGCUUACAAAUAAUAUUGCUAUGAAGCAACGAAUUUCAUCUGGUGUAAUAUUAGGGUCUGGACAGUUCAAAAAUAAUGCGUACCUGCGAGUUUCCGCCACCAAAUGUUUUAUAAAUUCAUCAUCUAUAAACUCUUCGAAAAUUUGAAUUACAGACAUUUGCUCAAAUCUGGAAUAAUCUGGUGGCAGAAAAUAUUUUGGCGGUACAACUGCAUAGUCUGCUCCUUUUUCCCACUGAGGUAUAAAUGAUUUAGACUGGUUUUGCCUAUCUUUUAGCGAAGUUGUGUAUUCCUGCACAAGAACCUCUGCACAUUAUUUGUUUCCUGAUCUGCUAUAUUUGCAUCACAUUCAACCUCAUAUUGGGUACCCAAUCUCUCGUUAUUGUAUAAUCUUACCUAGGCCGGGGCUCGCAACUGUCGAGCUGUCAAAUUGUCAACUAUCCUACGAAAAAAAAAUUAUCAAAAAAUAACAAAUUACGAUAAAAAGUUAGCUUAUUACCCGCCAUCGUCCUCGUCAGCUGAGUCCUCAUCUAUGUCUACAUUGGGUUCUGGUGGCUCAAUGUAAAUAUCGCCGUCAAGAUCAUCGUUAUACACCAUAUCAAGCGCUUCCGCAAGUGAAAAGCCAUAUCUGUAAUUUUUGUUGUUUCUGUUGCCAUAUGGUAACAUACAAGUUUACGCCCUUGUAACUCACUUAUUAAUGGAUUUUAUUCCAAAUUUGGCCAGCGAUAAGCCAUAGUAUUCUGAGCAUCACAGUGUAACAAAAUAUCCUUCACUAUUACACAUAAAAAAUAAAUUAUACUUACCGUAGAAUGAGGCUAUUUUAGAAUUUUUUUGAGGUUUUUGACCGAUAUCUAUAAGACAAAAGUAAGCAAUUUUGUAAUGGCGUUGGAAAGACCUAUGAUAGAGGUAUCUAUUUCUUAUAUUUGACUAACGGCUUCCUCUUCUGGAAGCCGUAAAAAAAUUUUUUUAGGGCCUUCUCAAAUUGCCCCAUAGGAUGAGGCUUUUUGAGAAUAUGGCUUAAAAUUGCAUAAAUCAUCAUUUAUCCACUGAAGGGGAUAUUUGGAAAACAAAAAAACAUUUAAAAAAAAAAACAUGUUAACAUAUAAAAAAAAUAUACAAAACAAAAAAUAUUUCUUGCAACAUUGCAAAUUACAAUUAAAAUAUGUAAACAAAAAAACAUAAAGUAGAUAACUCUAAAAAAUGAUCAAACAAAAAAAAAACAACUUAAAAAUAACUCUGGUUUGAAGGUAACAAAGGUUUCUUGAAGGUUACAAACAGUGGUAACUAUAUGUUUAUUUUAUGUUUAGUUCUGAAAGAUUAUCCGAAAAGGUAAAAAAUUGCCUGGUCCCUGAACCUUCAAUCUUAGGAGGGCUAAGUAUCAUGAUAAUCAUUUCGGUUGUUACCUCGUCUUCAUCUAACAGGAGGAGAUAAAAAUCUUUCUGUUUUGGAGGAUUUUUUUAAAAACGAUGUUUUGAAAACCCGUUUCCCGUUUAGCAGGAUAACGGAUUUUAUUUGUCCUCUAUAACAUUGGCUUGAAAUUGUUGCCGUGUAUCGAACAACUACCCAAUCAUUGACCUUAAGAUUACUAAAGUUUAUAAGAGGAUGGUCAUCAUCGUCACUUAUUUCUUGCUGAUUUUCAUCAUCAUGUUCUUCUGGUUGGAUUUCUUUAUCAGGUUUUUUUCAAAUUAAAACAGGGAAGGUCUUCAUCGUCAAUAUUUUGUAGCUGGUCUUCUUCAUCAUCUGAUGAUUCGCAUGAACUUAUUUCAGAAACAUUUCUACUAGUAGACGGGUACAAAUCAGAUGUAGAAACACUUUUUCCUGCUUCUACAGUAAGCUUCUUGCGACGCGGUGCUUUACGCUGCUCACAACUACCCAUACGCAUUUCUUUUAGGACAUCCAAAACUGAGCUUGAAAUGCUUGAAUCUAAAAUAUUAGAAUCUGUACCUGUGGUGGACGAUGCAGGUAAUCUUUCCUUUGGUUGCGCAGGAUUUAGAGGGUGCAAUCCAGUUUUGGCAAAUCCGGAGAUUAAAUUUUGCCUUCCUUUGCCAUUCUCUUCAAUCUUGUUAUGGAGCUGUGCAAGCAAUUUAGGGAAUACAUCUUUUGAGAGUGUAGUCAUUUUCCGCCCUUGGCCUUUCUUCCACGUUGUCAGAAUUUCGCGCCAAUAUUUCUUAAGUGGAGAAUAAAAUGCGACGUCUAAUGGCUGCAUGACAUGGGUCGCAUUGCUUGGCAAACAAAUAAAUGCAAUAUCCAUUUUCUCGCACGUUUUAAGGACGUCUUCGGAAAAGUGAGAAGAUAAGUUGUCCCCAAUGAGAGCCUAAAAUGAAAAUUAAAUAUGGGUAAAAUGACUUAAACCUCUCUGUUAUACCUACUCACCUUUUUUCCAGGUUUAUUUAAAAAAAAUGGAACUACCACAGUAAAAAACCAAUUUCGAAAACAAGCGGAAUCGAACCACCCGCUUUUAGACCUAUUAUAUCUGGCACCUUUAGGGCCUCCCUCAGUCCAUGAGUCCCAAAGAUGCUCACCUUUAUACACUACAUAAACUGGUAAUAUCUGGCCAUCAGCAGUACCAGCAUACAUUAAGCUUAUGGCUGUUUUUGUCGAAUUUAUCACUCUUUCUGGGUACCUUGAUCCUCUUUUAUAAAUAUAUUUCUUAGUGCCUGGGUUGUCGGUAAGGUUUAUUUCAUCAUAAUUUAUCAUUAAACUAGGAUUUACCGCUAAUAUAGUAUCUCGGGCAUUAUCAAAAAAAUUAUCGAUAACUUCUGGUGAAAGUGAAGCUCUUUUAGUUGAAAUAUUGGAUGAUAGACGGUUUGAUAUGAGCUUUUCAUGUCGUUUAAGAAAAGCUAAUGCCCAAUCUCUACCAGGAAAGUUAUCCUUCAAACGAACCUCCUGUACACCUUUUUUAUCCAGGUAAUUCUUCGCAAAAUGUCUUAGAUCCAAUAUGUCAAAGGGAAAUCCCCAAGCUGCCACAAUAUUUAGGUAUUUCACAAACUGUUCCUCUUCUUCCUUGGAAAAUAUUGAAGGUCUCCCGGUUUUUCAAAUAUAUUGGUCCCCCUAGCACGUCUGCUUAUGGUGGCGAUGGGCACUUUGAAAUGCUCGGAGGCCUUAGCCAAAGUUAACCGGCCUUUUUUUACUUCUUCUAUUGCUCUAGCUAAGGCUUUCUCUGAGUAAUGCCUAUAUGGCACGUAAUUUUUGCCAUUUCUGACAUGGCUAAAUGUUUUUUUAUAAGUGCGCACCAUUAUCUCAUACCAUUCUAAAAAAGCCAAUUUCAUUUGAAAGCCAUUUCUAACAAUUUUCAAAUAGCCCCCAUGCCUUCUCAAAUAGCCCCCAGUCACUUCUCAAAUUACCCCACUCCAGAAAAUACUGAAUAAAAAAAAACCAAAAAAAUUUCCUAAAAUGUUUAUGUUACCAAUACACCUUCCUAAAACCCCAUACUUUUAUUUGGAUUAAGUGCCAAUAUCAUACAAUUAAUCGGUUUAGAUUUACAGAGUAAAGUUAACCACUUACCGUUCUUUCACCAAAAAAAACGUGUUUUUCCUAAUAUUUUUACGCGCCAAAAUAAAACAGCUACCUUUCGUCGAUCUGCGCUUGAGUACGCGGUUGCAUGUGUACUAAUGGCCUUGCGCGGCGUUUGCGUAUUGUUAUUAACUCUGUGGGCGUUGUUGCCGCUUUUAACAUUUUUCGGAUGAAUUCUCAAAUUACCCCUGAUUUCCAGAAUAGCCCUAUUCUACGGUACUCGAAUUGUAUAUCCAUAUUUUCACGAUGUUUCAAUAACAAUCAAAUUUAACCGCACUAAAGACACAGUUCGGCGUUUUUACAGAAACUAAGCGAACGCGUGGUUUUUGCACGCUGUUACUGGUGAUAUGACACGCAACAAAUUUACUAGCGCAUGACCAAUGCCAUCGCACUUUGAGUAGUCACGUGUUUGCCGUAGCCAUGUGGUAACAAGUUAAACAAUUGUCUUGGUUUUUCACACAAUUGUUUAACUUGUUAAAAGGGUUUUAAGAAUGACGCAGAUGGUGAAAAACACAUGAACUCAUCUUAAAACAGUUUUUCUAAAACGCAUAGUCAUAACCAAGAUCUAACGCAGUUCUAGUGUUCGGAUAUCCAUGAAAUCUUGAGAGAAAAGUUUUAAAAAGAAUGUACGUUUGUAAUGUAAUGUUCUUUUGCCUUAAACAAGUGUACAUAACCCCUUAAUAAAGUUUUUAUCCGGUAUUUCUUAAAUUGUCGAAUCGGUUACAAUUACAUUCGAUGUAAUAAAUUAUUGAAAAUAAAAUGACAAAAAACAAUUUAUUUCAAGAUUUCAAGAGGCUAGUUUAAGAAAUUUUACUAUUUAUAUGACCAUGACUAGAAUCAAAGGUUUUUCUUUGGGUGUAUGAUUGUUAUGUAUUUUUUAGAAAUUGUUGAGCAAAAGUAUGUAUUUUUUGGGCCAGUCUUAAAAGCGUGAUUUAAUUUAAAUCUCCCGAGAACAACCCAACUCUUCCGCACAUUAAUUAAUUAUUUACUACAUGCUUACCCACCCACCUAUCAAGAUUCAAAAGUAUUACUAUUUUUUAUAGAUCAAACCCAAAAAAUAUAAUUGACAUUCUGGUUGUAAUAAAUUUUGCACCUUGCAUAGAAUUUAAAAAUAAAAAGACUUUUUUAUAAUAUAAUGAAAUUAUUAUGCACAA